CUGUCUGCUGAGACCAUGAAACUUCCCCUGCUCUGUGUGCUGGUAAUGGUGGCUGGUGUGAUUCCAACCCAGAGCGGAAUUCUUAACCUGAACAAAAUGAUUCAACAAAUGACCGGGAAGACACCUUUAUUCUCCUAUUGGUUCUAUGGCUGUCACUGUGGACCCAAAGGCAGAGGCCAACCCAAAGAUGCCACAGACUGGUGCUGUAAGACACAUGACUGCUGUUACAUGGCAUUGAAGAGUAAAAACUGCCGUUACACUACAGACCACUACAAAUACAACAUGACCCACGAUGAUAUCCACUGCUCACUCGAUGGGACUUGGUGUGAGCGGCAUUUGUGUGACUGUGACAAGAAGCUGGCUAUGUGCCUGAAGCACAACUUGGACACCUACAAUAAAUACCUCCGUUUCUACUGGCGGCCCCGCUGCCAGGGCCCGACCUCAAAAUGUUAG